AUGCGAUUGGGGAACGAGGACCGAGUCUCAUGUGCCUCAAGUCUACUCAAGAAAGACGCCCGCAUCUGGUGGGAUAUAGUAAAGAAAACCCGAGAUGUCCAGGUGUUCAACAAGAAGUAUUAUAGUCAUGCGAUUCUAGCCAGAAGGGUGGACGAAUUCAUUACGCAUACUCAAGAGAAUUUGAUUGUGACAGAGUACGCCAGGAAGUUUGAUCGACUGGCUAAGUUUGCAGCGGACAUAGAAACGUUGGAUAUAGCCUUGGAAGCCGAACAGGCCGACAACAAAGGAAAGACAACAUCAAAAGACAACAGGAACAAGAAGCUUUACGUGGAGUAUCCCCAAUGCCUUAUCUGUAAGAAGAAGCAUUCAGGGGAAUGCAUAUACAAGACUAAAGGUUGCUUCAACUGUGGACAAGAAGGUCACCUUAAAAAGGACUGCCCAAAGUUAAGAGACCAGAAGAAAGAUGAUAAGCUAGUACCAGCCAGGGUUUUCGCUCUUACAAAGGGUGAGGCGGAAACUAGUAAUACAGUGGUAUCAAGUCAGAUCACUAUCUCUGGAAAACCAUUCAAUGUUUUAUUUGAUUCAGGAGCUAUGCAUUCCUUUAUCUCUAUUAAUAGGACUAAUAACUUAGAUAAACAAUUCAUACCGUAA